AUGAGUCAGCAGCAGACCAUGGGGGACAGGACGGACACAGAGGCAGCAGAGGGCAGUGGAAUUAUGCAGAUGGUGGGCAGGUGUCAACAAUUCCAAUACAACUGCAGGAUAAUGGAAUUUUUUGAGACACAACUUGACACAGCAGAGAUGCUACAACCACAGGAAGCACCUUCAGAAAGGGUGGAGAAGUUUGUGUGCCAGUUGGAGAGGGGUCGGAGACUUCUUGCCAAACACUCUGAAUUUGACAUCAUGAAGUUCUACAAGGUAGAACAGGCCCGCGAUGGAGUGGAAGAGAUCUGCGAAGAGUUGAGUGAUUUGCUUGAUGAGAACUGCAGAGGGCAGCUAGAGAUUCAGGUGCCAUUCAAUAUUGUGCAUGAAGAUGAGCUGUUUCUGCAAGAACUCUUGAAGUACAUCCUUAGGGAUGACUGCACUGCAUGUGAUGACACAAUGUUGCAGAACUGGGCUGCUGCGAAGGCACUCAAUGCUGAGAGGAUGGCGUGUUUGCCGGUUGUGACUGAGGAGUCAGUGGUUUUGGGAAGCCCACUUGGGAAAGGGUCCUAUGGCUAUGUGCAUGAAGCGGAGUGGGAGGGUGCAGCAGGCAAAGUGGCUGUGAAGAUGCCAAAUCGUACUGUGAGUAUUGAGGACGUUGCAUGUAUGGUCAGGGAGGCUGUGUUGCAGAUGUCUUUGACGGAUGACCACGUUGCCAAAAUCCAUGCUCGCACAGCCUCUGGCUGGCUGGUGAUGGAAUUGGCGCAGCAUGACUUGCAGAAUCUGUGUGCUGGCCGCUCUGCACUGACAUUUGUAGAGAGUUUUGCCUUGCUGGAGCAAGCUGCGGCAGGACUGAGCUUUGUGCAUGGUCACCAGCCUGUAUUUGUUCACUCAGAUGUGAAAACUGCCAACUUCCUCGUCUUUGGGAACAGGGCUGAUGGCUUCCAUGUGAAACUGAGCGACUUUGGGCAGGCCAUUGAAUGGAGUGAGGACAGGAGUAAAACUGUGCGCAAGGGGGGAUUUACACCCAAUUAUGUUGCUCCUGAAGUCCUCAAUGGGAAGCCUGUUUGCCCAGAGUCGGAUACGUUCAGCUUUGGGGUAGUGAUCCAUGAGGUUUUGAGUGGGGAGAAGCCAUACAGCUCGAGCACAAAUGUCCUCAAUCUCUAUGCCAUGAUCCUGGCAGGGAAACCACCUUGUCCAAUGCCGGCAGACUGCCCUGAUGAGGUGUGUCAGUUGCUCCAGUGCUGCUGUUUUCAAGAUCCAAAGAAGAGGCCAGCCAUGAAGCAAGUCCAAAGAUAUUUGGCUGAGCUGGCAGCGGGGGGCAUCCCACCCUUGGCACUUCUUCAACCACAAAUGGAGUAUGGGGAACGAGGCCCUGUGCGCCAAGAUGUCCAGGUUACAUUCAUGGGCCUGGUGCUCACAGAUGUGGAUCAGUUAAAGUUUGUCAGCAUAAGGUUGCUGGACUUGUUCAGCAAGAUGACCUCGUGGGUGAAAUCGGGCUACGAUGCGGUCGUUGAUCUUUUAGAGCCAUUCUCUGGAAGUGUCAUUUUUCCAUUCCAGAUUGAGUACCCCAGCAGGCAUUGUGCAGCCUUCUUCAAAAGGGAAGCGGAGAAUGUUGCAGCAUUCGUUUUCCAAACAGAUUUGGAACUCUUGGCAUUCCAGCCCCAAGCACAAGUGACCAUAUCUGAAGACGUUUAUGUUGCUGAUACUCAGGUCGCAAAGCUGGAGGCACAAGUGCAAUCCAUCAUCGAGGACAUCGUGGGGGCAGCAGAUGUGAUGUACAGCAGGAACAUGAUCCAUUUUUUGCAGGGCCAGAUUGCUGACUUGAAGUCCUGCACAUUUCAUCUCCCGAUGGGGGCACAGGAGGAAGUAUGGAACAAAAGUUUGGCUGUGCUGUUGCACCACCUGAAACAUGCACAGCAAAUAAUCAGGCUGCACAGUUUUGUGGAUGUGCAUGUUCUUUACAGGACACCCGACACGGAGAUGAUUGUGAAGCGGACAAUUCGUGCGAUCAACGAUUUUUUGGUGAAGUGGAAUUUGGGCACUGCAGGCAGCCUGCUUCUACCCUUGCCCUCAGAGCAUGCAAAGCAGGACAGCCGUUGCUUGGUUGAGCAUCUUGGGUAUGUUUUCAAAGAUCUCCCAUGCAGCUUUGAGGGAGACAGCAAGGCAGCCAGGCGCGAAUGGGAAACUGCCAAGGACACUAUUGCCGACAAGCGACGCAAGUUACCAGUCAUCACCAAGAAAAAUAUCAUGCUGGGCCAUCCCAUUGCCAAAAACGUACACAGUGCUAAGUGGAGAGAGCGCUCUGUGGCAGUCAAGCAGAUUGUUGCUUCGUCUGAGGAUGACAUCGGCCUUGAAGAGUUUGCUAAGUUUUACACCAGAACAUUCAGCCAGACAGUGCUAGAUCCACAGAGCGUGGUUAACGUGUACGGCGUCACCACAGGAGGUGCAGUGGUUGUGCAACUUGCAGACAGUGAUUUGAUGCAGUGGUACACGUCACUGUCUACAUGUUAUGGAAAAGACACUGUGAGCCAAAAACUCAGCGUCCUGGCUCGUGCUGCUGGUGCGUUGAAGUCAUUGCAUGCUGCGGGCAUUGUUCACGGCUGUGUGAAGAGCAGCAACUUCUUGUUCUUUGGCCAAGAUGUGAACGACUGUGUCAUUAAGAUCUCAGAGUUGCAGGUGCCGAUCGAGCCAUGGGAACGUGGCCGUGGCGCUGUUGCCCAGGCAGUACAAUGGAUGGCAAAGGAGGUGUGUGAUGGACAACCCCACAGCAUGAAGUCUGAUGUCUUUGCCUUCGGAGCCAUGAUGUGGGAAGUGGCCACACAAGUGUUGCCGUACAGGCAGGGAACGUCUGCCAUGGAUGCCCUGCGCACCAAGCUUGCGGGGGAAAUGCCAUGUGCUGUUUCUAGAGAACUGGAGAAGACCUGGCCACUAGAGGUGCUGGAUGUGAUGCGUGCCUGCUGCUCACCAUGCCCUGAGGACAGACCAUCAAUGGAGGAUGUGUGGACCUGCAUGGAGAAAUGGAACAAG